AUGGACAUGGCUCCAGUUUUCCUUUUCCUCCUCUUGCUCUCGUUGAGCAAAGUUUCCCCGGGCGCCGCGUUUCCAUUUAAAGAUGCACCAUAUGAGAAAGAUAAAGAUGAAGCAUAUGGGUAUGGUAAGGGAGCAGCUGGUGAAUUAGCCAAAGUUGUACCUUAUGAGGAAUUUAAAGGGGCACCAGAUGAGAUGGAUAAAGAAGCAGCAUAUAAGAAAGCCAAAGCUGCGUUUUAUGAGAAAGUUAAAGAAGUGCCUGAUUGGAAAGAUAAAGUUCCACCUAAUGAGAAAGGUAAAGAAGUGCCUGAUUGGAAAGAUAAAGUUCCACCGAAUGAGAAAGGUAAAGAAGUGACUGAUGAGAAAGAUGAAAGUGCACCUCAUGAGAAAGGGAAAGGACCCCCUGAUGAGAAAGAUAAAGUUGCACCUGAGGAGAAAGGUGAAGAAGUAACUGAUCAGAAAGAAAAAGUUGUGCCUGAGGAGAAAGAUAAGAAAGGAGAAACAGAUGAGAAAGAUAAAGUUGGACCUCAUGAGAAAGAUAAAGAAGUAAUUGAUGAGAAAGACAAAGUUGCACCUCAUGAGAAAGGGAAAGGACCCCCUGAUGAGAAAGAUAAAGUUGCACCUGAGGAGAAAGGUGAAGAAGUAACUGAUCAGAAAGAAAAAGUUGUGCCUGAGGACAAAGAUAAAGUUGCACCUAAGGAGAAAGGCAAAGAAGUAACUGAUCAGAAAGAGAAACUUGUGCCUGAGGAGAAAGAUAAGAAAGGAGAAACAGAUGAGAAAGAUAAAGUUGGACCUCAUGAGAAAGAUAAAGAAGUAAUUGAUGAGAAAGACAAAGUUGCACCUCAUGAGAAAGGGAAAGGGCCCCCUGAUGAGAAAGAUAAGACAGGAGCAACAGAUGAGAAAGAUAAAGUUGUGCCUGAGGAGAAAGAUAAAGUUGCAACUCAUGAGAAAGGUAAAGAAGUAAUUGAUGAGAAAGACAAAGUUGCACCUCAUGAGAAAGGGAAAGGGCCCCCUGAUGAGAAAGACAAAGUUGCACCUAAGGAGAAAGGCAAAGGGCCCCCUGGUGAGAAAGAUAAGACAGGAUCAGCAGAUGAGAAAGAUACAGUUGUGCCCGAGGAGAAAGGUAAAGAAGUUACUGAUGAGAAAGAUAAAGUUGCACCUGAGGCGAAAGGUAAAGGCCCCCCUGAUGAGAAAGAUAAAGGUGCACCUUCUAAGAAAGGUAAAAAAGUUCCUUAUUGGAAAGGUAAAAAAGUUCCUUAUUGGAAAACCAAAGUUGCACCUUAUUGGAAAACCAAAGUUGCACCUUACUGGAAGCGCAAAGGUGUUCUUUAUGACGAUGCUAAAGGUGCAACCGAUGAGAAAGCACAAGAUUCUGCUUAUGAGAAAGCACAAUAUGCAACGGAGAAGAAAGCUAAAACAUAUGUCUCUGAAAUCAUCGCAAAAGCUAAUGAUGGCAUAAAAACCAGACUGAUACACGGAGAUAUUAAGGCAAAUUACCUCAGGAAUGCAGACCCCUGCACGGCCACAGGCUGCAAGUGGAAAAAGCGUGGAAAAUAUGUGAUGGUGCCUGUCAUUAUCUCCUCCAAAUACACUAAAGAAGAGCGCUUCACCAUCAUCAAAAGCCUGGUGACCUUCCAUAAAACAACCUGCAUCCGCUUCGUGUGGAGACGCUGGUAUCAUCGCAAUUACCUCUACUUCUUCUCUGGGACUGGAUGCUGGUCGAGCGUGGGCCGUCAGAGACGAGGACAGGCCAUCUCUUUACGUAAUACUGUCUGUUUGAACCUGCCCACGGUGCAGCAUGAGGUUCUUCAUUCUCUGGGCUUCCACCAUGAGCAAAUUCGCUCUGACAGGGAUGACUAUGUUUCCAUCCUCACUGAGAACAUUAUACCAGGGGUAGAACGAAACUUUCAGAAAGUGCAAACUAACAACUUGGGAACGCCAUACGACUACCAAUCUGUCAUGCAUUACAGCAAAUACGCCUUCUCCAAAAAUGGUCAGUCAACCAUAGUGGCUAAGAAGGAUCCUAACAUCAUGUUAGGAUGGGCCGAAGAGAUGAGCAAAUAUGACAUCGAACGCGUCAACAAACUUUACCAAUGCUAACCAGCAAAUCAAUGAUACUCCAGAUCCUUCAACUUUCUAAAAAAACUGAUCUGAUUUACUGCAAAAUGUUUCCUCAGAGCAAAAGAAUCCUCCCUUUAAUAUCAUAUCAAUUUGCCUUGUGCAAAUGAAUAAAUAAAUUUCAUUGAAAGAAUUGAAAUUAUUGUGCUCAUUUAUGGCAUCUGCGUCUGUCCAGACACUCUCUAUGGCUAAUAUUUUUUGUUGUUAAAUCUCUGUAUGUUUAAGGAUUAUUUUCAAAAUACAAAGCAUGAAUAAAAAGUAUAUCCAAUUUGCAAAUAAUCAAAGGGAAGUGCUAAAACUGAAAGCUGACAAUAAAGGAAACAUCAAAUAUGAAACUCGAAGUCCUUUAGGGAGGAACAGCAAGGCAAGUUUAUUUCAACAUCACGUAAUAAGACAUUUAAAAGUCAUUAAG